AUGGAGAAGGCAACGCAGCGGCUCAAUCUUUUGUUCCUGAACAACGAGUCCCUCCUUGAAGAAGAUACUGGCUUACGUCUUCCUAUCUCAAAGACGAAGUCUGAAGAUCCCUCCACACCCAGCCAAAAUGUCGCACACAAGAAGCAACAUUUAUAUCAUGGCAACAGCAUACAGUCUUCAACCAGCGUGGCUGCCAAAAAUCUGACUGUGGUGCCCAACAAAGUCGGCAAACCUCAGACCAGAUUGGAUCAUGGAAUGGACAAAGAAGAUGGCAAUGAAUUUGAUGAGCGCAGCGCCUUCGAAUCAGGGAUCGAAGCGUCCAUGACUUUAGUUGCACGGUCAUUUUGCCCCGCCGCAGGCAUCAUAAAAUUACCCUACAAAUAUAUGCAUGGUCUCACAGCGGAGAGGAUUGGAAAGCGUUUCUUUGACCGGGGCCAAUUCUGGGCAAGGGAAUGGGAUCUCUACUAUAUUUUCCCUCCUCGGGACCUAGCGCUAGGCCCUUUGCUCCUACUGCCUGCCUCUCAAGUCCAACAGUUCCUGGAUUUGAUUAGCAAAGAUUACAACAUUCGCUUAACUAUCCCAAUGGACCCUGAACUGGGCCUGCUGCUGUCCUUCCAGGAGGAAGGAAUGCCCAAGCCACAAUACCUAGGUCGGUCAUCCGUUAGAGAUGUCAAAGAUGAUCUGGUCUCCGCGAUGUCAUUGCUGCCCAGAGAUUCAGUGAAUUCCAUUGACCAGGCAGCCGAUGGCUCGGUAGUAUCGGCUGAUAUAGUUGAUGCAUUUCGUCGAAAGAUGGAAGCUGGAUUGAAUGCUACAAAGAAAAAGUCCAAGGCAUUGAGGGAGAAGAGGCGGGCUUUGAAAAUCGAGAGACAGAGGGAAUGGGUGCGAUCGCUCAAAAGAGCACAAUGUUACCUUGGUCUACUUCCACGUUGCUCAGAUCGCGCCAAAGACUGCUGUGACGUAACUGACCAAACUAUCUCUAAAGACGAGUUGACAGCUUCUCUACCACCCCUUCUCCCGGAAAAGCUGGCUCCGUACUCUUUCGCAGACCAGCCUAUCUUCAUAAGUGUCGAUGUGGAAUGGAAUGAGCGUCAGCGUAAUCAAAUCACAGAAGUAGGCAUCUCCACCUUGGACACCUUGGACAUUGCUCAUGUAGCUCCUGGCCCGGGUGGAAAGAACUGGCAGCCAUGGAUUCGUUCCCGACACAUCCGUAUCAAGGAAUACGCUCACGUUGUGAAUUGCGAUUUUGUAUCCGGCUGUCCUGAUGAGUUCGGAUUUGGCAAGAGCGAAUUUGUCCCACUUCGAGAUGCUGCCCGAUUGGUAGAGAGUUGUUUCAAGCCACCUUAUUCCGCUCAAGUGCCUGUUAAGUUCGUAAAUGAUGAAGCCAAUAGGGACAAACGAACAGUCACCAUUGAGACAGCAAUUGAAGAGUACAAGUUACGCCCUCGCAACGUGGUUCUCGUCGGCCACGGCUUACAUGCCGACAUCAGGUAUCUCGGUGCGCUUGGUUGCAAUCUAUUCUCUGGUAAUGCCCAGUCGCAAAAGACCUCACAAGUCUCGGUGACAGAGCCAUCCACUCCGACCGCACAAUCGUUGUUUCUGGAUACGCUAGAUACGGCAACAAUGUUCCAGGCGCUCAAACGGGAUGUACACGUCCGUGGUCUUGAAAAUGUGUUGGCUUCUCUGGGAAUACUUAGCUGGCACCUUCAUAACGCUGGUAAUGAUGCUCGUUACACCCUUGAAGCUAUGAUACGCAUGAUCAUCAAUGCGAGGGCCGUUCUGGACAAGGCGCCACAUGAACUGUCUGGAAAUUACAUCGAUUGGGCCGUAAGGCCGGUCUCAAACUCAGACACGACAGUCCAUAAGCUUGCUUGGCAAACCGAAGUUGAUCGCCGUGUCUCCGAGGCCGCUGCUGACCAAGAAGAGCAAAUUCGAGAUGAUUGCAAGAUCUGGGAAAUCGUAAUCGGCUGGGAUAGUGGACACCCCCUAACUUCUCACGACAUGGAUGGCGGAAAACCGAAUGGUUUUAUCUUUACAUGA